AUGGAUGCGUACUGUCUUGAACUAAAAACCCUAGCUGAUCAACUCGCCGGCGUCGGUGCUCUGGUCUCUAACAAUAGGCUCGUGUUGCGUCUCAUUGCUGGCCUUAAUGCCAACUAUCACGGUAUGGCAAUUAAUCUUUCUCGGGCAAAACCUUCGCCCUCUUUCACAGAGGCCAGAUCGAGUUUGUGUAUGGAGGAGAAGCACAAGGCCCAACAGGCCGAUUCUGGUGCUUCCCUUGACGGCGCCGCUCUCUUUGCUUCCAACCCUCACGAGGAUUCUGAUGGUCCGCCACCUUCUCCCCACCGAUCUAGCCAACCGCGUCGUGGAGGCCACCACGGUGGUCGGGGACACAACAAUGGUAAGAAGGGUGGUCGGGGCAAACAUAAAGGCGGUGGUAAUGGAGGCAGCAGCUCCGGGUCACAAACCGGCGGUGGACAACCGGUGCAGCAACAGUGGGGAUCCUGGCAGUAG